AGGAGUCUCUACAGCUGUACACAGCAGACGGGCUUACAUUCCUGGGGGCCAGGAUGGCAGGGCUACUUUGUAAAAAACGCAAGAAAACAGGAGUGACGGACCUGCAAGAAGAGGGUAAAAAUGCAAUCAAUGCACCCAUGUCCCCUGCCAUGACUGAUCUACACCCAGAAGAUACAUUAUUAGAGGAAAAUGAAGAACGCACCAUGAUCGAUCCCAACUCAAAGGAGGAUGCCAAAUUUAAAGAACUUAUCAAGGUUUUGAUUGAUUGGAUCAACGAUGUUUUGGUAGAAGAAAGAAUCAUAGUCAAACAGCUUGAAGAGGACGUCUAUGAUGGGCAGGUGCUACAGAAACUAUUGGAGAAACUAGCUGGCCGCAAAUUGAACGUGGCUGAAGUCACACAGUCCGAAAUUGGCCAGAAGCAAAAACUGCAGACUGUUCUGGAAGCUGUCCAUGAUUUGCUGCGACCCCACGGCUGGACUAUCAAGUGGAACGUUGACUCAAUUCAUGGCAAGAACCUGGUGUCCAUCCUCCACUUGCUUGUUGCUCUGGCGAUGCAUUUCCGGGCUCCCAUCAGACUUCCUGAACAUGUUUCCGUGCAAGUGGUGGUGGUCAGGAAACGAGAAGGGCUACUCCAGACAGCCCAUGUCACAGAGGAACUCACCACCACUACAGAGAUGAUGAUGGGAAGAUUUGAGCGAGAUGCGUUUGAUACACUCUUUGACCAUGCUCCCGAUAAACUAAGUGUCGUAAAAAAGUCUCUAAUCACAUUUGUAAACAAACACCUCAACAAAUUGAACUUGGAAGUGACAGAAUUAGAAACCCAGUUUGCAGAUGGCGUAUACCUCGUGUUGCUUAUGGGCCUUCUCGAAGACUACUUCGUUCCUCUCCACAAUUUCUAUUUAACACCAGAGAGCUUUGAUCAGAAGGUUCACAAUGUUUCCUUUGCUUUUGAAUUGAUGCAAGAUGGAGGGCUGAAGAAGCCAAAGGCUCGACCAGAAGAUGUUGUCAACUUGGAUCUGAAAUCUACCCUAAGGGUUUUGUACAACUUAUUCACGAAAUACAAGAAUGUUGAGUGAUCUGGAGGCCUCCUGAGAUGCUGUGGAUCUUCACAGUAUCCUUUUGAGGGAGAGAAGAAGAGGUGGGGGAGAGAGGAAACAAUCUUUUCUUUCCUUUCCUCUUGUGCCAUAUUUUGUAUUCCCUCAUGCAUGGUGGUGUCCCUUCCUUCAUUACCAUUCAUUGCCAUUUUCUCCAUGUAAUUCUUUAUGCUCUAUGUCCACUCUGUGCCUUUGAAAAUAUAGCUAAAUUUAUUGGAAUAUCCACAUUGUUCGGUGACGGAAUAGUCUCCCGUGUGUUGUACUUUUAAUAGAUUUUGCAGUUAUAAUUCCUUCUAAUAGCAACAAGAAGUUGUGGCCAAAGAAAUGCACCAUGAUGCUGUUUGUCUGAAGAGGGACGGGGAGAAAAGAUUUACUUCCAUUUUCUUCUGCCAUUAAAUCAUUAAUAGCUUUAGGCACAUUGCCUUCAAUCCUACAUAGGUGAUAUGGGGAUAAUAACACUGUCCUAAUUUACCAAGUCAUUACAAGGAUUAGUAAGAUAAUGGAAAUGAGGUGCUUUGAUCACUUUAACAUGACAUAUGGAUGCUAAGCUAUAAUAUUUUCUGAGGCUUCUGGAUAUAAAGUAGACCCAUAACACCUAGAGAUAAAUAAAGAUUGGGUUGAGUGUGGCAUUUGGUUUUUUCUCAAGAUCUGAAGGUAGGAAGUGGUGAAAAGCCAUUUACGAACAAUGCAGACUUCAGAAGGAUGAAUCCAUCUCUUGUGUCUACGUUUCACACAUGUUGAAGUGAUAUAAUUUCGGUGGUCCCUAAUUUCAAGAUAUGUUGUUUUGUACUCAUUGAGCCCCUGCACAUCUUUUUAUUUGUGUUUUUAUUUGUAUUUGUUUCCUUUUGGGAUUGAACUUCCUCCUCCAUAUGUCUGUGGGAAGCAUUGACUUCCUUUUUGUGUUGUUAUCCUAAUACCAUUCAGUAUUACUUCCCCUGAAUGUACUGUGAAACACAGAUGGAAAAGCUGCCUGAUCUGAAUAAAGCCAGUCUUCUUUUA